AUGACGUCUUUAGAAAAAUGGUUUGAUGAUGCAAUUUCUGAUGGUAAAAUUCGUAGAAUACCACACGAAACAAUUUCUAAGGGAAAACUUAUUGGUGAAGGAGGAUUCGGAAAAGUUUAUUUAGCUGAAUGCAAUUCAAUGACCGAAAAAAUUGUACUCAAAAAGAUCAGAAAAUGCCAUAUUAAAGAAAAAGAAAAAGAUAUUUUAUUUGCAUUUAUAAAAGAGUUAAAAAUACAUAGUAAUUUGGAACAACAUGAGAGUAUCAUUCCAUUAUACGGAAUUACUGAGAACAGAAACUCCUAUUUUCUAGUAAUGCAAUUCGCAAAUAACGGAACGUUAUCUGAAUUUUUAAAAGAGAAACGCGAUACUUUAGACUGGGCUACAAAGAUAUCAAUAGCAAAGCAAAUGGCUGAUGGCAUUCAUCACCUUCAUUCGCGCGAUAUAAUUCAUCGAGAUUUGCAUUCUAAAAAUAUUUUAUUACAUAAUGGUCAUAUAAAAAUUUCGGAUUUUGGCCUUUCUAAGAACAUUAAUAGCCUAUCCACCAGCACUUCGGGAUUUUUUGGCGCGAUACCGUAUAUUGAACCUAAAACUCUGAUAGACCACAGAUAUAAGAAAGACAAAAGAUCAGAUAUUUACGGUUUAGGCGUUUUAUUCUGGGAAAUAUCAAGCUGCUGUAUCCCUUUUAAAGACUAUAUCAGUAAUUAUCAAUCCCUUACGGGUAAAAUUAGUGAUGGACUACGUGAAGAUCCAAUUAUCAAUACGCCUCUUGAAUACAUGCUAUUAUAUAAGGAUUGUUGGCAACCUGAGCCGACAGAUCGGCCUUUAAUCCAGAUGGUUUGCAGUAGAUUGGAAUCAAUUCGAAUUGACAUUGAUAUGCAACCUCUUGGUAAAAUAAACGAAAAUAACGGUGAUGCAAAAAAAGAUAACCUUCGACAACAUUUACAAAAUGAACAUCAUAAUUUAACUUGGUAUCAGCGAGUGGCGCUAUUGGAAAGCAUAGUUGAAAAUCUGCAGUCUAUACACACAAAAAACUAUAUUCACUGUAACCUUCACAUUGGAAAUGUGCUUAAAGGGAAACUAGAUUAUGAAAUUGAGAUAGCUGGUCUUUCAUAUUUGCGAUCUGUUGAAGAAACUGGUUUAUCAAAAGAAUUAUAUGGUGUGAUGUCUUAUAUGGCACCCGAAAUAUUAAAUGGUCAACCACAUACACAAACAUCAAAUAUUUACUCAAUUGGAAUUAUUAUGGCUGAUAUUGCUUCUGGGGGUAAACCUCCAUUUGGUGAUUAUCCUUCUGCUGCUCAGUUAGCGUUAGCUAUUAUAGAUGGCUUAAGACCUAAAUUUUCCUACGGAAUGCCAAGAUGUUGGAAGGAUUUGAUGAAAAAAUGUUGGCAUGCAAAUCCAGCUCAAAGACCUAAUGUUAAUCAACUUCUUGAAGAAAUCAGAGAAAUACGACGUCUUGGUUCAAAAUGGAUAGUUGAAAAUAUUGAUGAAGAUGGAACAGAUGCAUCUUCAGUUGAUAUGAAUAUGUCUUCGGUCGAAGAAGUCAAUUCAGAUCUAAGAAGAUUUAGCCACGGUGAUGAUUUGUUUGAUUCCAAUGAGAAUAAACAAUUCACUGCUUGA